AUGGCUUCAAGGCGGAGGUUUUCCAAGUCUGCAGCCCAUGGAGAAAAUCUAUUAGAAAAGUCCCCAAAAACGAAGAAGUCUCGGAUCUCUGUUAAGAAAAACACAAUUCCACAAGAUGGCGUUGUAGAGAACAACAGUGUUUUUGGACAGCUCCUCAAGGCAGUGGGAAUUACGUUGAAAGACGGAGAAAGACAGAAUGAAAUUGCUACAGAUGGUGCAGUUUCCCAGAAGAAGCUUCAUCAAGCCUUGAGGAAACACCCUUCUUAUCCACAGGUUGUUGGAGAGUUCAUCAGUGGUUUGGAAUCCCAUAUAGAAAACAGAGAUCAGUUCAGGAAUUGCCUUCUUCCUUGUGUACCUGCACAGAGUCCAGAAAUGAGUAAUGCAGUUCAUUCAUAUUGUGAAAGUCUCAUUAAACUACUCCUUGGAAUUGAGAUAUUGCAGCCUGCUGUUAUAAGACUUUUGUUUGAGAAACUCCCUGAAUUUUUUCAUGAAAGUGUGGGCAGUGAUGGACUCAAUUUGCCCCAGCUCAUUAUCAAUCAGUUGAAAUGGCUUGACGGGAUAGUUGAUAGCAAGGAUCUUGUCUUGACAAUCAUGCAGAUUAUAUGUGUUUCUCCUCUGUCAAUCCAACAUGAUAUUAUCACAAGCUUGCCAGAAAUCCUGGAAGAUUCUCAGCAUGGUGAAGUUGCCAGAGAGCUUAGUUCAUUGUUAAAGGAGAAAACUGAGCUAACUGUUCCAAUUCUGGAUGCUCUUUCCAGUUUGAAUCUUGAUGUGGAGCUUCUCUCUGAGGUACGUCGGUCUGUCAUGGUCACAGUGGCUGCUGUUAAAGUGGAAGAUUUGCCAGUAGUCGUCAAAUUUAUUCUCCAUUCCAUCAAGACCACUGAUGCAGUGGAGGUAAUUUCUGAUCUUCGUAAGAAGCUGGACCUGGAGUCUUGUAUUUCACUCCCACGGAUUCAGGCUUCUCAGAGCAAGCUCAAGAGUAAUCCCUCCUAUUCUUUCCCUGCUUUUUUCAGUCUCUCUGCAAACCAAAUGAACAUCAGUCAGGACAGUGUUAAGCUCCUUUUUGAGGUCAUAAAAUCAGCUGUUAAAUUCCAGAAGACUGUUUUGGAAGCCUGGGUUAAGGCUAUUGAGAAUGUAGCUUCUGACUCUGAGCAUAAGGUUCUGGAUUUGAUAGUGCUGUUGAUAAUCUGUGCGACAAAUGUGAAGAACCAGAAGCAAAUUGAAAGAGUCCUGAGGAACAAGAUUCGGUCAGGCUGUAUGCAAGAGCAAUUGCUGCAGAAUGCCUUCAGGCAUCACUCACAGGUAAUGAGAGACCUCUUUCCAGCCAUCCUAUCAGUGGCUGAGAUCUUUCUGCACGCAGUGGAUCCCUGUGUUGUCUCUUUUGGCAGCUGCAUGUACAAACAAGCAUAUGCAACCUUUGACUCAUAUUGCCAGCAGGAGAUUAUAGGUGCUUUGGUGACGCAUGCAUGUGGUGGAAAUGAUGUGGAAGUGGAUGUCUCUCUAGAUGUGCUCGUUGACCUGGUGUCUGAACAUACCUCAUCAGUAGUUCCAUAUGCUGUCUUUCUGAAGAGCAUUUUAGACUACGUGGAUAAUUUAAGUCCACAGCAAAUCCGGAAGCUGUUCCACAUCCUUAGCUCACUGGCAUUCAGUCAGGAGCCCAGAAGCAGCCACAUUCAGGACGACAUGCACAUGGUGAUCAGGAAGCAACUCUCCAGCACUAUUACCAAGUAUAAAUGCACUGGGAUUAUUGGUGCAGUUACCAUGGUGAGCAGCAUGGCAGCAAGAAGGAGUAAAGAAAAUGGGCAUCUAUUGGAAAAAGCACCCCUAAGAAAGGAGCAGUGUAAACAGAUCACAUCUUUGCUCCAGCUGGUGUGCUCUUGCUGCAAGCAGGUUCCCCAAGCCUCGGCUCUGUACUAUGAUGAACUUGCCAGCUUGGUUCAGAAAGGGAAUCUGGACUUGCAGAUCCUGGAUUGGAUUGAGAAAGGUGUGGUGAAGGACUUUGAGACAGAUUUUGUGGCAGAAUUUCCUCCUUUGGGUGACAGUGUUUCCCUCCUCCCAGUGAAGGCACUGUAUAGCUUGGAAGAUGAGGAGAGUGAGGGAAUGAUUGUUAUUAACCUGUUGCCUCUGCUGUCUCAGAGUGAUCUCAGCAUGGAUGAAACAGCAGACCCGAAUAAGGAGAAAAGAUUAGUGUCACCAAUUUGCCUGCCACCAUUCUUCCGGCUGCUGAGAGUCUGUGUGUCAGAGAUGAACAAAGGAAACAUGGAAGAAAUUGAUGCCUUGUUGGGAUGUCCUCUUUAUCUGACUGAUUUGCCAGAAGAAGGGAAGUUAGGCUCCUUAUCAAAUCAAGAGCUUGAACUCCUCUGUUCACUCUUAUUUUAUACACUUAACUGGUUCCGUGAGGUUGUGAAUGCUUUCUGCCAACAAGAAGACCCUGAGAUGAAAGGGAGAGUUUUGGCUCGGCUACAGAAUAUUACAGAGUUACAGUGUCUGUUGGAAAAAUAUUUAGCAGCAAGCCCUGGCUAUGUUCCUCCUCCUGCUAAUUUUGAUUCUGAAACCUUGGUGGGAGUACCCAUUGUCAGUACUGUUGGUCCCACCAAAAAGAACAGCAAAGGAAGAAAAAGGAAAAAACCCGACAGCAACAAAAACAGCUCUACUGACAAUUCACAGUGGGAUGAAAACACAGAGGCAAAUCAGCCUGAAGCUGAAACCAGUCAGCCAGAAAAGGACUCCAAAGAGAGUGAAUCAGGGGCCCCUUUGGUACAGCUGCAGAAUUAUAGCGCAUAUUUCCGUGAAUUAGACUUUGAAGUUUUUACCAUCCUUCACACUGAGUUGCUGACCAAAUCUGUUCUGGACACAGAGAUGCACACAAAGACCCGUGAGGUGGUGCAAAUAGGGCCAGCGGAGCUCCUGUUCCUUCUUGAAGACCUGUCCCAUAAGCUGGAACAUAUACUGAUACCAACAUCUGCAAAGAGACCCCCCUUCUUAAAGGGAAAAGGAAGUAGGAAUGUUGGAUUCUCGCAUCUUUGUCAAAGAUCAUCUCAAGAUGUGAUGGCGAGCGCUGUACAACUGUUAAAGCCACUGUGCAACCACAUGGAAAAUAUGCACAACUUCUUUCAGGCACUGCUGGCAGAGAAUCAUGGUGUAGUCGAUACACCUGGAGUCAACAUUCAGGAACACCAGCUUAUGUCCUCCUGUUAUCAGCGAUUACUGCAAGUCUUUCAUCUCCUCUUUGCAUGGAGUGGAUUUUCUCAACGUGAAAAUCAUAGCUUGCUGAAAACAGGCCUCCAAGUCCUUGCACACAGACUCAAGCCAGGGGAGAAGGAACUCCCUCUUGAGGAACUGCUCAGACAGAGUUUUCAAUAUCUGCAGAAUUUCCAGGACAGUGUCCCCAAUAUUUAUUGUGCACUGAGUCUUACUCAGCUUCUGCUUGCCGUUGCUGAAAAAUCUGUGACUAACCUGAAAAAUGAUAAAAUAGCUUCCAUCACUAAACAGUUUCUCUGCCAGUCUUGGGUAGAGCCCACUGGAGUUCGUCAGAAGGGCAGGCAGUUUAAUGAUGCUCUCCACACUUUGUUCUGUAUCUAUUUGGAGCACACAGACAACAUAUUGAAAGCUAUAGAAAAUAUUUCCAGCAUUGGGGUUCCGGAGCUGAUUGAUGAUGGCAACUCUUCUACUUACCCUACUUUGACCAGGCAAACAUUUCCAGUUUUCUUCCGAGUGAUGAUGGCUCAGCUAGAAGGCUCAGUGAGGUGCACUCCUGCUGGAAGACCAUCAGAGUCUAGUGAGGUACAGCUAGAGAAGCUGCUACGUUGGAACAUGGCUGUGAGGGAUUUCCACAUCCUUGUUAAUUUAGUUAAGAUAUUUGACAGUAGGCCUGUGCUCAAUGUUUGUCUGAAGUAUGGUCGACUGUUCAUGGAAACAUUCUUGAAACUUGGUAUGCCCCUCUUGGACUGCAGCUUCAAAAAGCAUAGGGAAGAUGUGCAGAGUUUGCUGAAAACUUUACAGCUGAGCACCAGGCAACUCCACCACAUGUGUGGUCAUUCCAAGAUUCACCAAGACACAGGACUCACUAGCCAUGUUCCUCUAUUGAAGAAGACUCUUGAGCAGUUUGUAUACCGAGUGAAAGCAAUGCUGGCUCUGAAUCACUGUCAGGAAGCUUUUUGGGUGGGCGUCCUCAAAAACAGAGACCUGCAGGGAGAAGAGAUCCUUUCACAAGCAUCCCAAGAAAGCAAGGAAGAGGAAGAAGCUUCUAUACUCCCCAGGGAGGAUCCUGCAGAGGAGGAGGGCGAGGAGGAAGAUUCAGAGAAUGAUAGUAAGACAGAUACCAGAGACAGUGAUGAAGACAGCUCUGAUUAG